AUGCCCCGGGGACAGCGCGAGUCGCUGCAGUCAUUUCAAAAGUUUUGCUACGAGCUGCUCCGCUCGACACAGGUUGCCAUGCCCAUUGUCAUGCUCACGCUGCUCUAUGUCAGCAAAUUUAAGCAAAGAUUUCCCGGUCUCCACGGAGGCAAUGGCAGCGAGUACAGGAUGUUUGUCGUUGCCCUAAUGUUGGCCAGCAAGUACCUUGAGGACAACACUUUCACCACACAGACAUGGUCCGAGGUCUCGCACUUGCCCGCAAAGGAGCUGACAAUUAUGCAGCGGGAGUUUUUGACUGCCCUUGAUCACCGCCUGCAUGUUCCAGAGUCUGAGUACAAUGCGUGGAUU